UAUCCAGAAGCCGAAACCUUCUUCCCCUUCUCCUUCUCUUUCCCCUCGGCGGCGGCGGCGGCUUCUCCCUUCUCUUCUCUCUCUCGCAUCGCCUACUCGUUCGUUUUCCCUCGAGGAGGAGCAGAGGCGGCGGCGGCGGCGGCGGAGCGGACAUGGCUGAGGUGGAGGCAGCGCCGAUUGCGGCGGCGGAGACCCCGGAGGUGGCGGCGGCGGAGGGAGCGGCGGCGGCGAAGGCGCCGCACAAGCUGCAUAGGCAGUGGGCGUUCUGGUACGACAUCCAGUCCAAGCCCAAGCCCGGCGCCGCGUGGGGGACCUCGCUCCGCAAGGCCUACACCUUCGACACCGUCGAGGAGUUCUGGGGCUUGUAUGAUCAGAUUUUCCGUCCAAGCAAGGUGACAGUAAAUGCUGAUUUUCAUUUAUUCAAGGCUGGUGUAGAACCAAAGUGGGAAGACCCAGAGUGUGCAAAUGGGGGCAAAUGGACUGUGCCAUGUAGCAGGAAGACCACCCUUGAGAACAUGUGGCUUGAAACGCUGAUGGCUCUGAUUGGAGAGCAGUUUGAUGAAAGUGAGGAAAUUUGUGGAGUUGUUGCUAGUGUCCGCCAGAGAGGAGACAAGCUUGCAUUGUGGACUAGGACUGCCAGCAAUGAAGCCGUUCAGGUAAACAUUGGCAAGAAAUGGAAGGAGAUUGUUGACUACAAUGAUAAGAUGGUCUACAGCUUCCAUGAUGACGCCAAGAGGGAGAAACCAAGCAGAGGUGGACGGUACAACGUGUAAGUCACCGCAAAACGUUGCAGCUUGGAUAGUGGCCAUCGAGUGGUGUGCCGAUACCGGCGCCUGUUCUUUACAGCCUCAGCUAGUGUUGUUGUCCGAGGCAAUUUUUCCGACCUAUUGUGUUGCUUUCCUCUCUGAUAGCUUAUGGUAAAAGAUACAAAGAUGUUGAGGAGUUUGUACGCCACUUAAUUUUGCUCGUAACAUACAUUGACAAUCAAGAGGAGCCAUGGCAUUGCGAUCUGCUUACACGGCAUAUUCUUA